AUUCAUUCAAAACACCGAUUCAUACGAACACACCGCUAAUGAACAACUGUGGGCAUCAGUAGCGGUCCGAAUUUGAGCCCCAUGCGGUAGUAAGUGAGUGAGAGAGUGAGAAGCAGCAAAACAACAUCCAGUUCAUGUCAAAAUGAAGUCAACGGUACAAACGAGCCGCUCAGCCAUGGCCUUUUAACAGCGAGCGCGUGGAGUCGCAGCGCAGUCCCCGAAUAUCUGCCGGGGGAAAAUCCGCUAGCCGGUUUAGCUUGUGACAGAUAGACUGGCCGUUGUGCUGGGAGGUUUCCAUCCAUGGCUCUGGUCACCCUGCAGCGCUCGCCCACUCCCAGCGCCGCGUCCACUUCCAGCACCGCCACCACCAACGCGGGGGAGGACUUUGGAAGUGACGAUGAGCGCCGGCUAAAUCAGAGUCUGAGUGAGAGUUUCUUCAUGGUGAAGGGAGCCGCUCUGUUUCUGCAGCAGGGCAGUUGUCCACAGGCUCAGAGAGCUCAUCCUCACCACAAACAUGCAGGUGACUUGCCUCAGCAUCUACAGGUGAUGAUCAACAUUCUUCGCUCUGAGGAUCGCAUCAAACUGGCGGUGCGUUUGGAGAGCGCGUGGUCAGACCGUGUGAGGUACAUGGUGGUGGUUUACACAAAUGGCCGUCAAGACACUGAAGAAAACAUCUUAUUGGGGAUGGACUUCAGCAACAAAGACAGUAAGAACUGCUCUGUCGGGAUGGUGCUGCCGCUGUGGAGUGACACCAAGAUUCAUUUAGACGGUGACGGGGGUUUCAGUGUGACUACUGCCGGGCGCACGCACAUCUUUAAGCCGGUGUCAGUCCAGGCCAUGUGGUCAGCAUUGCAGAUUUUACACAAGGCCAGUGAGGUGUCACGCCGGUACAAUUAUUUCCCUGGUGGGAUGGCACUGACGUGGAUGGGGUACUAUGAGAGCUGCAUCAGCUCUGAGCAGAGCUGCAUCAAUGAGUGGAACGCCAUGCAGGACCUGGAAACACUGAGACCAGACUCACCUGUAGUCUUUGUCGACAAGCCAACAGAGAGGGAGAGAACAGAAUGUCUAAUCAAAGCCAAACUCAGGAGUAUCAUGAUGUGCCAGGACCUUGAAAAUGUCACGUCCAAAGAGAUUCGAAAUGAGUUGGAGCAGCAGAUGAACUGUAACCUGAAAGAGUACAAAGAGUUCAUAGACAAUGAGAUGCUGCUUAUUCUAGGCCAGAUGGAUAAAGCCACUCUCAUCUUUGACCACCUUUAUCUGGGUUCUGAAUGGAAUGCUUCCAAUCUAGAGGAACUUCAGGAAAGUGGGGUGGGCUACAUCUUAAACGUCACGAGGGAAAUAGAUAACUUUUUCCCUGGAACAUUCUGCUACCACAAUGUCCGAGUGUAUGACGAUGAGGCCACAGACUUACUGGCUCACUGGAAUGAUACCUACAACUUCAUUGUCAAAGCAAAAAAGAAUCAGUCCAAAUGUUUGGUUCACUGUAAGAUGGGCGUAAGCCGCUCUGCUUCCACUGUAAUCGCAUAUGCCAUGAAAGAGUACGGCUGGACUCUGGAGAAAGCAUAUAACUUUGUCAAACAGAAGCGCAGUAUUGCCCGUCCCAAUGCUAGCUUUAUGAGACAGCUGGCGGAGUAUGAAGGCAUACUGGAUGCCAGUAAACAGCGUCAUAACCGUCUGUGGCGCCCUGAUACAGAUUGCGAUCACCCCGAAUGCCAGCAAGCUGCUGGUCCUUGCUAUCUGAAUGCAGAGACUGGGGAUCACAUCACUCCUGACUCCACAAGCCCCAGGGUCACCGUCUGUUGUGAGCCUACAGCCCACUCCUCUCCAAUUAGUCUAGAUCUGGACCUCGGCCAUCCACAAAAUUACCACUACUACUUCCGCCGCCUGUCAGACUCGGCUCUUGAGAGCGAACCUUCCACCCCUGUCCACGCACAGCCUUUGGUGGAUGUAGAUCGUGUCUAUAUUGAGGUUGCCGAUGUGGAGCAAGAUGCACUUCUUGAGGAUGAAACCUUCGAGGGACAUGAGGGCCCUCCUGUUUCCCACUCAGGAGAGAGUACUGGUGCUCAGACAUGUUCUCGAGGACCGGAGCCACUGGAAGAACUACGUCUGAGGUUGGAAUUCAGCACAGUGGAAGAAGAAGAUGAAGAAGAGGCUCAAAAAGAGCAAGCUGAGAUGGAGGCAUUAGCAGAGGAAGCAAAGAGAGGAGAUGGGAAGAAUAGUGAGGAGCUGUCGAAUGAAAAGGGGAUCGAUCUGACAAGCGUGAACCAUUUGUGCAAUGAGAACAACAACAAUAAUCACCUUAAAAUGCAACAAAUCCUCACUGAAAGUGCCCAUGUAAAGCCAAGGCUUGCUUCUGAUUCGUCGCUUGCUUCCAAGCCCACCCAAAGUGCUCUUUCGGAGGCUAACAGACGAGGCCUUGCCCCUUUACCCCUCAACAGUGCGCCCUGUAUCUCCUGUAUUCAGAUGCCAUCCUGUGCCAACUUGUCCAUGACAGCCAAGUGUGGCAAAACUGCCUCAGAACCGUGCCUUCAUGCCAAUGCAAUGUCCUUAGGGAAUAACGAUCAGCCAGAAAGCAAAUCUCUUGACCAGGAAACUGAAACCCAGACAACUCUGCCUGAGGCCAAAGCAGAAGGAGAUUUCAGGCAGGAAGAGACUGAUCUGCAGGGUUCCUCUGCUUUUCCCAGGAAUGAGAGAGAGUUGCAAAGUUUAGAGAAGGCAGAGGCGUGUUGUUCUCCUCAACAACAAGAGGCUCUGAUUCAGCUCCAACGCUCCGGCUUAGUUCGACGCCGAAAAGAACGCUUGGAAAAACUCUCCGGUCUCUUCCAGGAGCGUGCACGCACAAACGAACAACGAGAAGCUGGUUCUAGUAAAACAGAGGAUGCAAUGAACAGUUCCAGUGAUCCAGCAGACCCCUUUCACAGGUCCUUUGGAACAAGGACUGAUUUUGGUACUGAAGCGGCAGUUCCACUGACCAAUGAGGCUUUGUUGGCAGUCCUCGGAUCAGGAGGAUUGACUCCAGUCUCAUCUCCACACGGCUCCACACUCACCCGCAGCUCCAGCAGUGACAGUCUACGCAGUGUUCGAGGCAAGCCAGGCCUUGUGCGUCAGCGCACACAAGAAAUUGAAGCACGAAUGCGAUUAGCGGGACUGACUGUACCUUCUCGGCUCAAGCGCUCUAAUUCUCUUGCCAAACUAGGCAGUCUCACCUUUUCAUCUGAGGACUUGUGCUCAGCCUGCUCCUCUGACGCAGGAACCCUUCUCAUGCUCUCAUUGUCCCCAGAACCCGAGCACUCGCUCAGCCCAGAAUGGGCAAAACCAGACAACACGGAGGUCUUCAGCCAAGGUGAAGCAGGAUCUGAAGAGUCCAAGAGCUGACAGCAGGAGAUUUUAACGCAACACCACUUUUAUUUUCAGCUUCAUCUGGAGUUCUGCAACACGUUACUGAGAUAUUUAUAUUUAUAGAUACUUUUUAAUCAUUUCAGCCACUUGGGGAACAUUGGUGUUGUGGUGAACAGAUCUUGCAAGUUGGAUAAAGAGUGUCUUCUGUUUUUGUGCGUUCAAUGAAUAGGUUUCCAAAAUCUGCAAAAUUUCACUGCAUGAAACCCAAAUGGAUGUGUAUUGCACUGACUGACGAACAGUUCAUGAGGUUUUCACUGCUCUUCCUCACUGCUGUUCUCAAGCACUUGCCAUCCCAGAGACCAUUACUUGAACGCAUCGAAAUAGACCAUUGUGUAAUGUUUCCAUCAGCCCACCCAUUUAUCGCAGCAUAAAUCGUUUAGUUGUGGCCUGCUAUGAGUCACAGAUUCCUUGGGACAUGGUCUACACAUUUUAAAAUCAUUCACCCUCCUGCGCUCUUACUUCCUGGCUGGAAGGCUAAAGGAAAUGGACUCUUAGCCGUGAUUAGGAGUUCUUUGUGUGAGUACAAGUUCUUUGUGUGCUGAUGGACUCUUAUCAUUCAUAGAGCACUGAUGAUUCACUCACAGGUUUCAAACAGAUACCUCAUAUCAGUUCAUUACUGUUUGUAGGCCAGGCAGAAAUCAAAACAGGAAGACUAGCAGCACUUUGGUGUGUGGAGGCUCAUUGGGAAAGCUGGUGCCGGACCACCAAGAGGAGAUUUGUUUGGAAUUCUUCCAUCUUUCUAGUACUUAGUGACGGGGAUGAAAGACAAUCAUUUUGAAGAAUAAAGAAGAGCGAAGGCAACUUCAAGCUGCUCCGUUUCCAAUGAAAUGCUCAUAAAUGCAGUUGCUGUUCUUACGAAUGUAACUGUCCAUGUUGCUGUCCAAAUAGUGGGAAAUGCUUGGGUCAUUGUUACUGUUACAGUCUCUAAUAGCACAUAUUUGUGCUUUUAAGGGAUUUCAUAUCAACAGGAGCUCUAACAUUGUAGUUUUUCUCUAGCAAAAGAGCUGUUCUGUUUCCAAAUGCGAUACAAAUCAGUCAUUCACCAAGGUAAAACGCGACUGUUAUUUUUAAGACUUAUUACACUUGAUUCUGAGGCAGUGGCUUGUUUGGGUCAAACUGAGCUGAUGCUGAUUGUAGUUUGCUGAUGAUUUUUAUCACAUUAUUGCAUUUGCAUUACGCUUUUCAUAAAGAAAUUAAAGCAAGACGGAAUGGCCUUUCAAUUAAAUCUACAUAGAAGUAGAACUAAAGAUGAUCGCUGUGAAAGAAGAUCGGACGACACUUACGAGGCAAAGUUGUGGCAUGGUUUCCACUGUGAGUGUGUGUAUCUGCAUGAGUGAAUCUCACAAAGACAUGUCUAGGUCACAUUUUCCCCAAAACCAAGUGAAAGUUUUUUUUAAAUAUAAUAAAUAAUAUUUUGUAUUUA